GGCCCCGCUCUAUGUCGCGCUCACAUGGGCAAUUUAUAUAGCAGCCUCGACCAAGCUUCCUUACUCUCAACGCUUGAAGAGGAAGAGGCCUCAAACCAGACUACCUUUCCUUCUCAACUACUUCUCCUCUCUCUCUCUCUCUCUCUCUCUGUGUUUCAAUUUCCAGGUUCUACAAUGUCCUCAACCAAGAAGAAGCUCAAUAAGAACACAGUUGCAGUCAACGUAAGCUGUGGCUGCAGAAGGCCAAAGCUGUCCGGUGUAUUCAGCCCAAAAACAAAGAGCAAGCCAUCAACUUAUCAUCAGAAAGCUGGUGUCUAUGGCUCUUCUUCAAGCUCCUGGGAAAGAGGUGGCUUCUCAGUCGACGACGAAGACGACACAACGACUACACAGUCUCCGAACAUGGACACGUCCCCCAACCAAUCUGAAGCUGAAGCUGAAUACGAUCUAAGGAGCACAACCAUGGCUAAUGGUUUUGGAAGAAUUGGCGAGAGUGUGGCCGUGGUCAAGGAUUCCGACGACCCAUAUCUGGAUUUCCGGCGUUCGAUGCUUCAAAUGAUCAUGGAGAAGGAAAUUUACUCUCAAGAGGAGCUCCGGGACCUCCUCGACUGCUUCCUACAGCUGAAUUCUCCAUACCACCAUGAGAUUAUCGUCCGAGCCUUCACAGAGAUCUGGAACGGGUUCCUCGCUGCUCAGGCAUAGUGAAGCCGACCAGCUGGUCGGCGUACGUCACGUGAGUUUAGAUUAGUUCGUGGGAAGGUCACGUGAGGAAGAUGGGUGCAAUCGUAGAUGAUGUAAGUGGGCACGGUGGGAAAAGCUAGACGUUGGAAUUUGAAUAUAAUAAUGAUGAUGAUGCAGUAGCUGUCGAAUGGGUAGGGUCAUGGGGUUUAAUGAGUUUUAAUGAGAACAGUAAUAGUUCUCUUUUCUUUUCUUUUUUCCCAACUUUCUGUAUAUUUACUGCUUUCUAUGUAUUACAGCCAUGGCUCCUAAUGAGAUCUAUGAUCAUAGUAGGCCACGUUUUCUCCCAAUGUCUUCAUUUCUCUCUCUCUGCUGGAUUGUUAAAAUUUAACAUGGAUUGGUAAUAAAAUCUCUGUUUUAGUCU